AUGAGCUUCAACAAACUACCAGCCGAGUUGUUGAUUUUGAUCGGAGAAAAGCUCAAAAAAAACAGGGAUCUUAACUCGCUGGCUCAGGUCAAUCGACACUCUUUCCAAUCGCUCAAUGAACAUCUGUAUCGGUACCGUGCUGCAAAUCGCGAUAGAGCCCUCCACUGGGGCAUCAAGGAACGCAUUCUCGCGACAGUCACCAUGGCUAUUCAUGUCGGAGCCAACCUCAACGUGAAAAGGGGCAAAUCGACACCUGUGAUCGCAGCUGCCAAAAAUACGGACCCCGAUAUCCUCCAAGUUCUCCUGGAAAACGGUGCCGACCCAAAUGUCCAUUGUGGGGGUGGCUUCAACGCGCUAUAUUUCGCUAUGAAAAGCCACGAUUUUCCUUCAGUUCUACUUCUACUCGAGAACGGGGCUAACCCUAACAUUCAAGACUGCCAAUUAAACACCCUGUUGCAUUUGCAUCUCCAACAAGGCGUUCCCCUCAAGAUCUUGCACCUUCUUCUGAAGUUUGGAGCAGAUCCCUCCGCACAAAAUGGCCAGCUGGAAACCCCGCUCCACAUCGCAGUGAAAAGAAAACACUUCGAGUUCUUCAAACUACUCCUGAGAUUUGAGCCAAACCUCUCGGCCAUAGAUAUGUUUCAAAGGACGCCUUUUGCCGAAGCACUGCUCCGACAAGAUGAAGGGUUCGAAAUGGCGCGCCUUUUACUCGAGCAUGGCGCUAGUCCGAGUAUUGCCGGUCAACCUCACCAGCCUAUUCAUGAUAUGGCGCAAUUGGGUGACGUGCGAGGGCUUAAGCUGCUGCUGAAGUAUAAAGCCGACAUUAAUGCUUCAAAUGGUGACAACGAGACUGCCCUAUCUCUAGCGAUCAAACGUGGACACACAAUGGCCGCAUGUGAGCUCCUUCAGGCGGGAGCAAAGGUGGAAUUUGAAUAUGAUAGUCCAGCCUUGCACCUAGUUCCAACCCCACUGCAGUGGGCCGCUACAAAAGGAGACGCAAUGAUGUGUCAACUCCUUUUAAAACAUGAUCCCAAUCCAGACACUCGUCUGUUAUUCAGCAGCCUUCCCGUCACCGAGUAUGAUUCUCCACGCGCGACCGAAAUCUUGGCUUACAAAGGACUUUCGGCCCAGAAGAUGAAGAAGCUGAUGACGCAACUUGCAUGUGCACAUUAG